AUGGCGGUGGUUUUGACGAGGGCAUUGUGUCCUUUUGGUCGCACUGGCUCAUCAUUGCUUCGUCUUUCGAAACCAAGCGCGGUAUUCUCGCGCAGUAUUAUCAAAAGACCACCCUUUAUACAGAAGCUGUACGACAAGAUGGAUGCCAUAGAGCAUAGUAUUGAUGAGGAGGCGAAUAUCGGGGCUAAUCUCCCCUUCAGUAUUGAAAAUCCCCGCCGUUUGGCUAUAAAGUUUAUUCUCUUUAUUGGCAUUGCCUUUAACAUACCCUUUUUUGUCACCUAUUACCAAAUGAAAGCCGCCAAGAGUGGCAUUGCCAUGAAUGUCGGUGGUGGAUGGUGUUGCAGCUUUGUCGGCGGUGGGGGUCGCUGGAUGAAGUGCAAGCUGUCCGAGGCGUUUGAAGGUACCCGUGCGACUCGAGCCUUCGCCGGAACCGUAAUGGGGCGCAUCGGUGUCGGCGUAUAG